CAAAAGAACCAGCAAUUACAAAAGCCCGAAACGCCGAGGAACUGGAGAUAUACUAUCAAAUGCUCGGGGCUGGUAAUAUACUAGAGUUGAAGUGGCAAUGCCCUGGCCGGCAGGCACCCGACCACUCGCCGGGCGACAAUUCUGCUGAAAGAACGCCGCUCAUGGAGAGGAAUGCUGAGGCAAAUAGCAAAGAGCGGGAGCAGCAGCCCAACGGUGCCGUUAAACGGCAGUAGAAGCAGCAGCACACCACACCACAUGGAAUGAUCCCUUCAAACAACGCGCUCGCUUACAUGCGUGGCUUCGACCGGUUUCCAGCACUUGCGCAGAGAUGCUUCGGGAGGCUAUCGAAUCCAGCGUGCGCGUAAAUAAACACAAGAAGAAUAUAACACCCCCAAGCCAAGCGUAGGGCAGACAGGAAUAGGAAGUAGGAAACAUAAUUUAACAAUGGCAACCGACGUAGAGCCAGCCACAACGGCAGACAAGUUCUCAGCAAAUGCCGAGGAAUUGGAGAGCUACUAUCUAAUGCUCGAGGCGGGUAAUAUACCGGAGUUACAGUGGCAAUUCCCCGGCCGGCGGGCACCCUCGCCGGACGCCAGCUCUGGGGGGAAUAGCAAAGAGCUGGAGCAGGCCACCGAUGCCAUUGAGCAGGAACCGCAGAAGGCGAAUGACUUUGAUUUCAGCGACGAUGUGGCGCCCACGCAGAUGCGGGUACGCAGCCAGACAUCCACACCGAAAUCGGCCAAAAAGAAGACGGCCGACUUUGCUGGGGUCAUGGAGACGCUCAAGAAGAAGAAUGCCGAAAGCUCCUAGCAUACGGGGAGGCGUAGUUUCAGCCAUAAGCCAUUCUUCUGAUACGACUACGGGGAGCCUGGGGAACCUGACUCUGGAUUUUAAUUCGAGGAUCGACAAGGUAAUAUUUUCGUAUUUAAGCUACUCCGUUCAUCUGUUUUAACCCUAGACUAUUGUCUUAUUCACAUUGUAUUUGAAUGUUUUAAGCUUAGUAAUUAACUUAAAAUUCACCUCAAAAUGUAACUAACUAAAUUCAAGCCUCGAUUAUGUUCAAAAUGAUUGACCAACAAAAGACUUAAGGUACACAGAUCAAGACAAAUAGAUUAGAUAUAAAUAGCAUUAUAUGAAAUUAAUCUUAGAAAUAUAUAGGGUCAUCCUGUGCCCGAGAUAUGAUGCAGGAAUUAAAUACAUAUUUUUUGGGCAACUUUUUAGAGAAUAAAUUCUUCUAGCUCAGGCAUCCAAGUCCUUUAAAGUUUGAUGCUCGAAUUUGGAAUUUCGUAUAAAACAUAUUCAUUGAUUAUACUGGCUAUUUCAUGCUGCUAUUAUACACAUUUUAUAUGUAAUAUUUAAGCGAAAAUUGUAUAUGUAAUAUUUAAGC